AUGCUGUCCCACCCCCAGAUUAAGGAGCAGCUGUCGAACCGCGACAAUAUCAUAAGGCCUCAGUCUUCGUUCGCUCACGAUCCUUAUAUCGCCUGCUUGAUGGAUAUCCACAAUAACGGCGGGUUUGUCAACAACAUCCUAUUUGAAAGCCGCAGUGAUGGGUGGGCCCCCGAGCUCAAGGGGCUUCUGUCUCUUGGUUCCAUCCGUCCGAACGAGCUCAAGAGGAAGCGCGACAGCCGCGUUGCGGACAUGCACAGCGGAGGGAUAAAGUGUCCAAAACAUGGUUACAGAUCCGCCGAAGAAAGGACACUCAGAGCUCAGCGGAUGAUGCAGCGGUUUGACCAGGAUGGGCAACAGGGUGAUUGA